AUGACCUCCAAUUCAUUACCACCCUCUCCUGCUUCCCUGAGCAUUGAAGAUCAUAGCACAAUAUCAGCCUCGCCAAGUACGAGCAAGCUUUAUGCUCAGCUUUUACAGCCGACGCAACCAAAGUAUGACGAUAUUGUCUCCCGUGGAGUAAUGAAAGAAUCUGAAGGCCGGAAGCUGUUCCAACUAUAUAUGGCAAAUGCGAACGUGUUCCUCCCAUUCUUCGACUCGACUGUGGAUACCUUUGACGCGCUUCGCCACCGUUCAACCUUCUGCUUCACAGUUGUUCUUGCCAUCGCAUUACGAGCUGACCGCCCGCGAACCGAUGCUGUCAGCAAGAAGUGCUUCGAAGAGGCACAGAGUCUUGCCGCCCGGAGUCUAUUUGCCAUCUCCACACAGCUGGAAACAGUCCAGGGGAUGAUUUUGCUUUCGGCACAUGCAGAGAGGAACUGGUUCGCCAUCAGCCACGCAUAUCAGAUGGGCAAGGCGUUACAGCUACCCGAUCUUCUUCCUCGAGAGGAUGAGACAGACAAUACCCAAGACCUGCAUUCCAAACAAUUCAGUGAUAGGCGAUCCAUUCGACGGAUAAGAACGGCUCUAAUCCUUCAUCAGGUUGAACAGGAAGUCGCAGGUGGGACAGCUCGCCAAUCUAUCGGCAACGCUGUGAAGUCGUCCUUUCUCGAGUCUUUUCUUGGAGGCGCUUUAUCUUGCACCAGAGACAUGAGAAUUGUGGCAAACAUUGAAGUCGUACAGUUGCGAGGUCGACUUCUUAAGGAGCUGGAGCUCCACGACAGUCUGGAUGGAACUGUAAACACCAUCGUCAGUCACAUUGAAAAUGAAAUCAACACCUGGUUUAAUCAUUGGGAUAGUGUCUUCCAAGAUCAGGACUACGGUGUAAGCAGCUUCCAGCGGAGCAGCAUUCGUUUACAAAGAGACUACGCAUUCAUCAUCAUCUGCAGCGCCUUGAUUAGUAAAUUGAGCGAAGGGAACGCUGAGAAAAUUCGUACUGAGUCGACGACAGAUGAGGUGAAAGAUCUGAUCGAGGUCACUCUGAUGCGAAGCAUCAAAAUCCUCGGCUUCAUCACUGACGAUAAUGACUAUAAAUGGUACUUACAAUGGGCGCCCACGUACUCGGCUUUAUUUCCUGCGUUUACUGCCGCGCUCGCAUUUAGGCUGGCGAAGAUACUUCCUGGAUUUUCGGACUGGGAAAAGCUCUUGUCAUCGUUCAUCUCGGUGGCGGAUGUCCUCGGAGAUUACCCUCAUCAAACGUAUUGUACUAUUAUUCUGAACCUUGCGAGACUUACCGCCUCGUGUAUGAAAACUGCCACGAGUCCAACAUCGAUUUCUGUUGUUCAAGCUGUGGACAACUCCCAAACUCAAACGGCGUGGUCAGAGGCGGCUGUUGGCGAACAUGUACAGACCGAGAGAAACGCCCUCACAGAUGGAGAAUCAAGCAGCCACCUAACCAGCCAAUGCGGCGUCCCAGCAGAUGAUUUUGGUUGGCCUUCCGGUCCGAUCUCACAAUGUGACUUCCCUGAAGGAAGCGCAGCCGCGGGUGGCGACCAGUUGGAUAUGUAUGCUUCGUUUGGCAUGCCUGAUAAUUCUUUCGACUUUAGUCUAUUUGCCGCCUCUGUACAGGAUUACAUGGACGUUGACGACUCUGUCAAUAGAUAG